UAUGAUAAUCAUGAAGUGGUUUUAAUAAUAUAUCAUUUCAGGAUCACGAUUGCCAGCCAGGAGAGGCAGCUGCUGAUUGAUUUGACCACAAACUAUCCUGAUGUGUUGGUAGUUAUUGGGAAAACACUUUUAGGAAAGAGUUCCAGAAAGAAGAAGUCUAGCAAUUAGAAAACAGAAAAAGUCUUUUCCAUAGCAGUGUGUGCAUUGCUGAAUUCAGGAGGGGGAAUUUUGAGAAUGGAGAGUGAGGACAAGAAUUACUUCUUCUGGGAGCAUGGCAUUUGUGGAGACAUAGAGACGAGCCUCAGGAAUUGCACUGGCAGAAGCAAGGCUCAUCCAUACUUUGCAUGGAUGCAGCAGGGGAAGCACAACAUCCAAGAUACUGUGGCCAGGUUUAUAAAGAAAGAUGAAGUGCUGGUUGGGGAGGUCCUGGGUUUCACACAGGCAACCCAUAUUGAAUUUAAGGAAUGCAGUGCAAAGAGUAGCUUGUAAUACAUCAGAAAAAAACUUCCUAAAUACAUCUCUGCCUUUGCAAACACUGAGGGUGGAUAUUUAUUUUUUGGUGUGGAUGACAACGGUAAAGUCACUGGGACCCACAGUAAUGUGGAGAAAGUAGCUUUAGAACAAAGAGUAGCUGAUGCCAUCAGCUCAAUGUGUGCCCGUCACUUCUGUGGCUCUGGGGCUGGCGUGCAGAUCCAGAUGCACAUCCUGUGUGUUUAUGACCAAGCAGGCUGUUCACAGGGCUAUGCCUGUGCCAUGCACAUUGAGUCAUCCGGCUGCCCUGUGUUCGAUGGUGACCCUGAAUCCUGGAUGGUGCUGGGCACUGUCAGGGAGGAGAGUGUGGGGAACUGGGCACUGACUAAAAGACUGAGCAGCAGGAAAUGGAUGGAGCUCAUGACAGCUGCAGACCCAGAUAAAUAA